UGCUCCACCCUCCCCCCACUAUAAAUACAACAAAACCUAACCUCAUUACUAAAUCUCACCUCUUUUCUUUUGUAUAAUUUUGAUCACCUAAAAAUUGCCACAGAUCCAGAUAUAUAGUAAAUACUUCUCAACUCCCCUAAUCCUCUACAAGCAAGGUGCAAGUGCAAAUGAAGAACAAUAUGGCGGUUCGGGUUGUUUUGGUGGGAAUACUAUUCAUAAUGGCGAGUUGCUGCUUGGCGGCUUUCCCGAGCCACAGUUGGAAGAAGGGAGAUGUAUACGACCCAAAGGGACUCAUCAAAAACUGGAAGAAGGGCAACAUAAACCCACAGGGGAUCAUCAAUGAUUCGAAGAAAGGCGGUGUCCUCCGCCCGGAAGGCAUCGCCAAAAACUGGAAGAAGGGAGAUGUGAACCCGGAGAGCAGCGUCGAAAAUCAUCACAAUAUUCCUAGACAGGCUUAUGAUCAGUGGGGUUCCGGUGGCGCCGGCGGCUCUAGUCCCGGAGAUGAUAAUGGCACCAGUGAUGAUACUACUAAGAAUUAACCCUAGCUAUCCACGUGAUUAAUUUGAAUGGAUACGCACCAGCUUAAUUAUUAAUGUUGUGUUGUGUAUAGAUGGAGAGAAUAAACACGUUUUUGCAAGUGAAUUAUGUGCAUGCAAUACUUCCGGCCAGUGAAGCAUAUGUAAAAUAUGUUUGUGUGGCUGUGUCCGGUUUGUUUUGGUUGUGCUGUUGUAUUGUGUAAACCUUUCUCAUGCAACUUCUAAAGUAUGAAGUUAGUAUAUAUUUGGAUGUGAAUCUUUUUUACUCUUAUUAUCUACAGUCUGCACCCCUUCAUAGUUUGUUUAAUUUGCGAUUAUAAUUCAAUGUGUUUGUAGGGAUCAAU